AAAGAAAAUAAAGAAUGAGGAACAGUGAAUGGGUGAAGACCUUGGAAAGAAAAUUAUCAUCCAUGAAUAUAGACGAAGGAGAAAUACAAGAAAUGCUAGGAUGGGAGAUUGCGGAUCAAGGUCCAACCAUCUUUAAAGUCUCGGAAAUUUUACGAGAUGUCCAACCUAACGCCUACGAGCCGACAAUCGUUUCACUCGGACCUUACCACCACGAUAAGCCUCAGCUUAAAGCCAUGAACAAGUUCAAGUGGUUUUUGCUCAAGACAUGGGGAGACAGCGGGAGAUGCUUGAGGGACAGUGCGAGAGUCAUCGAAGAGAACGAGACCGAAGCGCGGAAUGCUUACUCAGUGCAACCGAUCAACAUGGUUGGAAAUCAGUUCGCCGAAUUGAUGUUGCUGGACUGCGUGUUUGUCAUUAUGAUUUUGUGGUUUUGGAAGAAAAAAAAAAGUGGAUUCCAAUUGAUGGAAAACAAGAUCUUUAAGAGGUCGUGGAUGAUAGUGGCAAGAGACAUGUUGCUGUUGGAGAAUCAAUUGCCCUUCUUUUUGCUCGAGACUUUGUUUCACAUAAAAUUCCCUUACAGACAAGGUAAGCUGAAAAAAUGGAUGGUUCGAUUCUUCAGUGGGUUUGUGAGUAAUAACAUAUCGCUAGUAUCUGUAUCUCACGAUGCAAGAAUUCACCACAUUCUCCAUCUUUUUUAUCUAUGCAUCAAGCCACCAGAAGCAAGUGGCGAUAUUGUUCCUCAACCCAAUAAUAUUGAUGAUCUAAGGUCGCUUUCGAGUGUGACUCGACUGGAGGAGACAGGUAUCAAAUUCAGGAGGAAGCAGAGGGCGACAUGUUUGUUGGGGAUCACCUUCAAGAAAGGGGUUCUGGAGAUCCCUCAAUUUGAGGUCGACGACAACACCAACAUUCUUUUCAGGAAUCUCAUCGCGUUCGAGCAGUGCUACAAUAGGAACUCCGCCAUCGUCGACGGCUCCUUCGCGGCCUACGCUUCGUACAUGUCUUGCAUGAUUAGCACGGCUGCAGACGUCGAAAUACUCCAGCAAAAUAAGAUCAUCAUCAGAGGGAUUGGCAACAACAAACAAGUCGCUGAUUUCUUCAAUAAGCUUUGCAAGGAGGUGGUGGUCAACCACGGCAAAUGCUACGUUUCACAAAUCUUUAAGGAGGUCAACAAGUACAGUAGAGCCGAACGGAAUAGAUGGUGGGCGGAUCUAAAUCGCAGAUACUUUCAUAGUCCUUGGUCAGUGAUCUCAGUUAUUGCAGCUAUUUCGCUGUUUGCCAUUACUUUUACCCAACUUAUUUUCACUAUGCUAAAUUACUUUCAUGCUCAUAAACGUCGAUGUUGAGCUUAUAUAAAAUCAAAUUGUAACUUCGU